AUGGAGCUGCCUGCCGUGGGCGAGCACGUCUUCGCCGUGGAGAGCAUCGAGAAGAAGCGCAUCCGGAAGGGCCGAGUGGAGUACCUCGUCAAAUGGAGAGGGUGGUCCUCCAAGUACAACACGUGGGAACCGGAGGAGAACAUCCUGGACCCCCGGCUGCUGAUCGCCUUCCAAAACCGGGAAAGGCAGGAGCAACUGAUGGGAUACCGCAAGCGAGGACCAAAGCCGAAGCCUCUGGUUGUUCAGUUGCCCUCCUUCGCACGCCGCUCUAAUGUCCUCAAUGGCCUUCAGGACCCUGCUAUGGAGAACAGGUCUAAGCUGGACCUCAGCAGUUCUGGGAAAAGCCAGCAGCAUCAGUAUGAGCUGAACAGCAAGAAGCACCACCAGUACCAGCCCAAUGGCAAAGACAGCUCCAUAAAGCAUCAGUCACACAGCAAAGGGAAGUACUACUACCAGCUGAAUAGCAAGAAGCACCACCACUACCAGCCCGAUCCCAAGAUGUACGAGCCUCAUUACCAGCCAGGCGGAAAGGAGCUACAGCAAGGGCAAGCCUGCUUUGAUCACAGCAAAAGCUCCUUGAUGUCUCAUUCAGACAAGUGGUCCCACGGUGCAGCCAAAAGCUUGCUGAACCCAGUGAAGAACCUGAGCAGUACAGAAGGAAAGAACGGGGCAGAGAAGAACCUGUCUAGCGGCACAGGGCCGCCGCUUCCACCACCCCGGGAUGGCGGGGCCAGCAAUGGCAUUGGGGGCAAAAUGAAGAUUGUCAAGAAUAAGAACAAGAAUGGCCGUAUUGUGAUUGUCAUGAGCAAGUACAUGGAGAAUGGCAUGCAGGCCGUGAAGAUCAAGUCCGGAGAGCCACCCAAGAAGCGAGUGGCUGAGGACAGGAUUACUAAGAAAGGGACCGAGGACAGGCAGGAGUCCUGGAAAAAGCAUGGGGAGGAGAGAUGGCUGACCUGUGAUCCCAAGGGGAAAUCUGGGACUAAGGCAAGCCAGGUCCCUACCGAGGGUGGAAACAGUCCCCAAAUGACUGCUUCACCAGGCAAAGAACCUCCUGUUGCUGAGCCACAGCCCCUACAGCUUACCACCAAGCCAAACGUAGUCCCGUGGUCCUUGGAAUCUAGUCAGCAAGAGCACAGCCCUGCCACGAUGGGAGUGAACCUCUCCUCCAGCUGCAGUGGAUCCCGGAAACGCUGCCUUUCGGAGCCCCACGGGGACAAGGAGACUGGAAAGAAACGCCUCACUUCCCGGAGCAUCAGUACUCCCACCUGCUUAAGCCCUUCUGUCCCUGAGAGACCCGAACCCCCUGCCUUGCCUGCCUCCCAGCCAGAGGUCAUCCUGCUGGACUCGGACUUAGACGAGCCCAUAGACUUGCGGUGUGUCAAGGCUCGGGGGGACAGUGAGACCGGCCUGGUGCAGGUGAAGCCAGAAACCGUGUUGCCCCCAGCAGACAAGCCUGUGCCAGAGCCUCAGAAGCAGGUGGAACAGUUUGAGGCUGAGGCAGAGGAAGAAGACGAGGAGCCCGUGCCCGAGUUCAAACCUUUCUUUGGGAAUAUAAUAAUUACAGAUGUGACAGCAAACUGCCUGACUGUGACCUUCAAAGAAUAUGUAACAGUGUGAGGAGGCUCUGGCACAGGCGCUUGGCACUCUCCCUUGGCAGCCUGGCACAUGACCCCUCUUCUAAGGUAUUGUUCUGCGCAGAGUAACUAUAUGGUACGGUGUAUAGGGCUGGUCCUAGUGAGAUCAGACGC